GGGGGCGCUCCCGGGGGCGGCGGUUGCCCGGAUGGGCCGUUAGUCGGAGCCCAGCCGCGGAGUGAACGAGGGAGACGGGAGGAGCCGAACCCGGCGCCAUCCGCCGCCAUCCGCCCCCGCCCCACCGUCAUCCCGUCUCCGGGAGCCCCUAGGCACUAGUCCCGGAUCCCCGCGCACCCGGCCAGGGGACAGAGACUAAAAGUACUUGAUGUCUGAAUCACAGGCACCGGCACGUUUUGGGGGAGGUGCCUGCAGGACCCAACGUACUCAAUGAGCUUCCAGCGCAAUGUCCGAUCGCUCGGGGCCGACUGCCAAGGGGAAGGAUGGAAAGAAGUAUUCCUCGCUCAACCUGUUUGAUACGUAUAAGGGCAAGUCCUUAGAGAUCCAGAAACCCGCUGUUGCCCCUCGCCAUGGCCUGCAGAGUCUUGGGAAAGUUGCCAUUGCCCGGCGUAUGCCACCCCCAGCCAACCUUCCAAGCCUGAAAGCCGAGAACAAAGGCAAUGACCCAAAUGUCUCACUAGUGCCGAAAGACGGGACAGGAUGGGCAAGCAAACAGGAGCAGUCCGACCCCAAGAGUUCCGAUGCCUCAACCGCUCAGCCGCCGGAAUCGCAGCCACUGCCGGCUUCACAGACGCCUGCCUCCAACCAGCCGAAACGACCCCCAGCAGUCCCCGAGAACACUACUUCGGCUCCAAGCGGGGUAAAGUCCUGGGCACAAGCCAGCGUCACCCAUGGAGCACACGGAGAUGGUGGAAGGGCAUCAAGCCUACUGUCACGAUUCUCUCGAGAGGAAUUUCCGACCCUGCAGGCGGCUGGAGACCAGGACAAGGCUGCCAAGGAAAGGGAGUCUGCCGAACAGUCGUCUGGGCCCGGACCAAGCCUCCGCCCCCAAAAUUCUGCAACUUGGAGGGACGGAGGUGGGCGUGGUCCUGAUGAGCUGGAGGGCCCGGACUCCAAACUUCAUCAUGGCCAUGACCCCCGGAGUGGGCUACAGCCUUCUGGCCCACCCCAGUUCCCUCCCUACCGCGGAAUGAUGCCGCCCUUCAUGUAUCCCCCAUAUCUCCCAUUCCCUCCACCAUAUGGACCCCAGGGGCCUUACCGAUACCCUACUCCUGAUGGGCCAAGCCGUUUUCCCCGUGUGGCGGGCCCCCGGGGCUCAGGGCCGCCAAUGCGCCUGGUAGAGCCUGUGGGUCGGCCUUCCAUUCUUAAAGAGGAUAAUCUCAAAGAGUUUGACCAGUUGGACCAGGAAAACGAUGAUGGUUGGGCAGGGGCCCAUGAGGAGGUGGACUACACUGAAAAGCUCAAGUUCAGUGAUGAGGAAGACGGACGAGACUCUGAUGAGGAGGGAGCAGAGGGCCACAAGGAGUCCCAAUCAGCUGCUGGUGAGGAACGGCCCCCUGAAGCAGAUGACAAAAAGGGCAACUCCCCUGGCAACGAACCGCCCCCUCCCAAGACGGCCUGGGCAGAGACCUCUCGGCCUCCAGAGACAGAGCAGGGGCCUCCUGCCCCAAAGCCUCCCCCACCCACACCUCACAGGGGCCCCACCGGGAACUGGGGCCCCCCUGGGGACUACCCAGAUCGUGGGGGCCCUCCUUGCAAACCUGCUCCCGAAGACGAGGAUGAGGCAUGGCGGCAGCGGCGGAAGCAAUCAUCAUCAGAGAUAUCCCUGGCCGUGGAGCGGGCCCGGCGACGGCGGGAAGAGGAGGAGCGCCGGAUGCAGGAAGAGCGCAGGGCAGCUUGUGCUGAAAAGCUAAAACGGCUCGAUGAGAAAUUUGGGGCACCAGACAAGCGACUCAAAGCAGAGCCUGCUGCUCCACCUGCUGCCCCAGCUCCACCACCUGCAGUGCCCAAAGAACCCCCUACACCUCCAGCUCCACCAUCAGCACCAACCCCAACACCAGAGAAAGAACUUGAAGAGCCAGCACAGGCCCCUCCUGCCCAGUCCACCCCUACUCCAAGUGUGGCUCCAGCACCCACCAUCAUGAGUGGUGGUGGCAGUACCAGUAGCACCAGCAGUAGCAGCUUUGAAGCCAGCCCAGUGGAACCCCAGUUUCCUUCAAAAGAAAGUCCUGAACAAACAGAAGAGGUACCUCCUCCAGCAACACCCCCGGCCCCAAAAGUGGAACCUAAGGGUGAUGGAGCUGGUCCUACCCGGCAGCCCCCCAGUCAGGGCUUGGGCUACCCCAAAUAUCAGAAGUCAUUACCACCUCGCUUCCAACGGCAGCAGCAGGAACAGCUCUUGAAGCAGCAGCAGCAGUGGCAGCAGCACCAACAGGGCCCUGCCCCACCUGCCCCCGUACCCCCAUCACCUCCACAAACUGUGAGCAUGGGGGCUGUGCCAACUCCACAGGCCCCACCACCACCACCCAAGGCCCUGUACCCAGGUGCUCUGGGCCGGCCCCCACCCAUGCCUCCGAUGAAUUUUGAUCCUCGCUGGAUGAUGAUCCCUCCCUAUGUGGACCCUCGGCUCCUCCAGGGCCGGCCCCCUUUGGACUUCUAUCCUCCCGGGGUGCAUCCCUCUGGUCUAGUUCCCCGGGAACGCUCAGACAGUGGAGGCUCAAGCUCAGAACCAUUUGAACGUCAUGCACCACCUCUUUUGCGGGAACGGGGCAUGCCACCAGUGGAUCCAAAGUUGGCCUGGGUAGGAGAUGUGUUUGCCACCACAUCUACCGCUGAUCCCCGCCCAUUGACAUCCCCCCUGCGCCAGGCUCCAGAUGAGGAUGACAAGGGGAUGAGGAGUGAGACCCCUCCAGUGCCUGCCCCACCACCAUAUCUGUCCAGCUAUCCAGGCUUUCCUGAGAAUGGAGCCCCUGGACCCACAAUCCCUCGGUUCCCACUGGAAGAAUCCGCUCCCUCAGGGCCCCGUCCAAUCCCCUGGCCCCCAGGUAAUGAUGAGGCAUCCAAGAUACAAACUCCACCACCCAAGAAGGAAUCCCCCAAAGAGGAGACGCCACAGUUAACAGGACCAGAAACAGGACGAAAACCCACCCGAGGGGUUGGAGGAGGCAGCCAAGGUCCACCACCACCACGCAGAGAAAACCUCACAGAGACCCGAUGGGGCCCUCGCCCGGGCAGCAAUCGCCGGGGAAUCCCUCCAGAGGAGCCAGGGUGCCCUCCUCGCCGAGCUGGGCCUAUCAAAAAACCCCUACCACCUGCGAAAGUUGAAGAAAUGCCUCCCAAGCCUCUUGAACAGGGGGAUGAAACCUCCAAAACCCCAAAGCCAGACCCACUCAAGACAGCAAAGGGGAAAAUGGGGAGCCUUAAGGAGCCUUCACCCAGUGGGAAUCUUUCUCCUGCUCCUAGGCUUCGGCGGGACUACUCUUAUGAAAGGGUGGGUCCAACCCCUUGCCGGGGUAGGGGACGAGGAGAGUACUUUGCCCGAGGGAGAGGUUUUCGGGGCACCUAUGGGGGACGGGGGCGGGGAGCCCGAAGCAGAGAGUUCCGCAGUUACCGAGAAUUUCGUGGAGAUGAUAGUCGUGGAGGUGGGUCAGGAGGACCAAACCACCCCCCUGCUCCCCGAGGUCGUACGGCCAGUGAGACACGAAGUGAAGGUUCAGAAUAUGAAGAAAUUCCCAAACGGAGGCGGCAGCGGGGCUCAGAAACUGGCAGUGAGACUCAUGAGAGCGACCUGGCCCCCUCCGACAAAGAAGCUCCCCCACCGAAGGAGGGGAGUCUCACUCAGACACCGCUUGCUCCCCCACCACCAGGAGCACCCCCUUCACCAGCCCCUGCCAGGUUUUCCACUGCACGAGGUGGACGUGUCUUCACUCCCAGGGGGGUCCCUUCACGCAGGGGCCGAGGAGGAGGUCGGCCACCACCUCCUGUUUGUCCUGGCUGGAGCCCUCCAACAAAGACUCUGGUCCCUAAGAAGCCUCCAGCAGGGCCUUUGCCACCAAGCAAGGAGCCUUUGAAAGAGAAGCUGAUCCAAGGUCCUCUUUCUCCCAUGGCCCGGGGAGGUGGUGGUGGUGGCAACAGCAAUGUAGGCAUGAGUGUGGAAGAUGGCGAGCAGCCUCGAAGGAGGCGACAUGGGAGGGCUCAGCAGCAGGACAAACCGCCUCGGUUCCGGAGGCUGAAGCAGGAACGGGAGAAUGCUGCUAGAGGGGCUGAGGGCAAACCCUCUUCCCUGGCUUUGCCAGCCUCUGCUCCGGGGCCAGAGGAGACCUUGGCAACAGUGACAGUGCCCCCGCCACCUCGCCGAGCAGCUGCGAAGUCUCCUGAUCUAUCGAACCAGAACUCAGACCAAGCUAAUGAGGAAUGGGAGACCGCAUCAGAGAGCAGCGAUUUCGCCAGUGAGCGACGGGGAGACAAAGAAGCUCCCCCACCAGUGCUUCUGACUCCCAAGGCCAUGGGAGCUCCUGGGAGCAGUGGAGGUGGGUCUACACCAGGCAUUUCAACUGUGUCCCGUGGAGACCUGAGCCAAAGAGCCAAGGAUUUAAGUAAGCGGAGCUUCUCAAGUCAGCGACCAGGCAUGGAACGUCAGAACCGGCGCCCAGGCCCUGGGGGCAAGACUAGCAACAGUAGUAGCAGCAGUCGAGGAGGUGGUGGGGGCCCAGGGGGAAGAACUGGCCCAGGAAGAGGGGACAAGAGGAGCUGGCCAUCUCCCAAGAACCGAAGCCGUCCUCCAGAGGAACGGUCCCCAGGACUUCCUCUGCCUCCGCCACCCCCAAGCAGUUCAGCUGUUUUUCGCCUGGACCAAGUUAUCCACAGCAAUCCUGCUGGCAUCCAACAAGCUCUGGCCCAGCUCAGCAACCGCCAAGGGGGUGCAGCUGCACCAGGAGGGCACCCAAGGCCCAAAUCUGGGCCUCCCCAAGCCCCUCAGGGCCCCUCCCCUCAAACCCGAUAUGACCCUCAGAGGGCCAACAGUAACUGCAUUAGUGCUGACACCCACUUUGAGGAGCUGGGGCCAGUGGUGAGAGGCGUGGGUGGGACUUCUCGGGAUUCUGCGGGAGUCAAUCCUUUUCCCCCCAAACGGCGGGAAAGGCCUCCCAGGAAACCAGAGCUGCUACAGGAGGACUCCUUGCCAUCAUCUCAUAGCUCUGGGUUCUUGAGCUCUAAGCCUGAAGGCCCAGGCCCUCGGGAAGAAUCCAGAGAUACAGGAACUGAGGCCCUGACCCCUCACAUCUGGAAUAGUUUACAUACUGCCACUAGCCAGAAGAAUUACCGUCCUGGCUCCAUGGAGCCCUGGAUGGAGCCCUUGAGCCCCUUUGAGGAUGUGGCUGGUACUGAGAUGAGUCAGUCUGACAGUGGAGUAGACCUGAGUGGGGACUCUCAAGUGUCAUCAGGUCCCUGUAGCCAGCAAAGUUCCCCUGAUGGCGGACUCAAGGGGGCAGCAGAGGGACCCCCUAAAAGGCCUGGAGGCCCUUCACCCCUGAAUGCUGUUUCUGGUGAGGGUCCACCUGGCUCUGAACCCUCUGAACCUCCUAGGAGACGGCCACUUGCCCCCCAUGAUGGGGAUAGAAAGGAUCUUCCCCGGGAGCAACCUCUGCCCCCUGGCCCUAUUGGCACAGAGCGAUUGCAGCGCACAGAUCGAGGUCCAGAACCUGGUCCUCUCCGGCCAUCCCAUCGACCUGGCCCGCCAGUCCAAUUUGGCACCAGUGACAAGGAUUCAGACUUGUGCCUAGUGGUUGGAGAUAGUUUGAAAGCAGAGAAGGAGCUAACAUCAUCUGUCACUGAUGCUGUCCCCAUAGCUCGAGAGUGGGAGCUACUCCCCAGUGCUGCUUCCUCUGCUGAACCACAAUCCAAAAACCUGGGUUCUGGGCACUAUGGCCCAGAGCCCAGCUCCUCAGGCCAGCGCCUGUAUCCUGAGGUCUUCUAUGGCAGCCCUGGGCCUCCUGGUUCUCAGGUCUCUGGGGGAGCCAUAGACUCUCCGUUACAUCCCAGCAAUGGGGGCUUUCGCCCUGGAACCCCCUCAUUGCACCCCUACAGAUCACAGCCCCUGUAUCUGCCACCAGGCUCUGCUCCUCCGUCAGCACUGCUUUCUGGGGUAGCUCUCAAAGGCCAGUUUCUGGAUUUCUCAGCACUGCAAGCAACAGAACUGGGGAAGUUGCCAGCUGGAGUUCUCUACCCUCCACCUUCCUUUCUCUAUUCUCCAGCUUUCUGCCCUAGCCCUUUGCCGGACCCACCUUUGCUUCAGGUACGCCAGGAUCUGCCAUCUCCCUCGGAUUUUUAUUCUCCUCUGCAGCCUGGUGGUCAAAAUGGCUUUCUCCCAUCAGGGGCUCCUGCUCAGCAGAUGCUUCUGCCCAUGGUGGACUCACAGCUGCCCGUGAUGAACUUUGGUUCUCUGCCGCCUGCGCCACCUCCUGCCCCUCCCCCACUCUCCCUAUUACCUGUGGGCCCUGCUCUGCAGCCCCCCAGCCUGGCUGUCCGGCCCCCACCUGCUCCUGCUACUCGGGUUCUGCCUUCACCCGCCAGACCCUUCCCCCCUAAUUUGGGGCGAGCAGAGCUGCACCCAGUGGAAAUAAAGCCGUUUCAGGAUUAUCGAAAACUCAGCAACAAUCUUGGUGGUCCUGGGUCAUCACGUACUCCCUCAGCUGGAAGGUCUUUCUCUGGCCUCAAUUCCCGCCUAAAGGCCCCACCUCCCAACUACAGUGGAGUCUUCCGCACCCAGCGCAUUGACCUCUACCAGCAGGCCUCCCCACCGGAUGCCCUGCGCUGGAUGCCGAAGCCUUGGGAACGGACAGGGCCACCUUCUCGAGAAGGGUCCUCUCGAAGGACAGAAGAGCCUGGGUCCCGAGGGGACAAGGAACCUGGGUUACCCCCACCCCGCUGAGGGGAAGAUCCCCUUGCCCCUCACCCUCCACCCCCCGGGGCUUGUAUAUAGAUUAUAAAUAUAUAUAAGGGGGAAUGGGGUGGGUGGGGAGGAGUUGUGGGGCUGGGGCCUUGCUUCCCCUCCUCCCCCUUCCCCUGGUCCCCUAACCCUGGGGCCGUUUGUUAAAAAAGAAUAAUAAAAUAAUU